AGCAGGAAGGCAACGAGACAAGGGGGAAGAAAGAAAGAAACAAAUUAUGGCCAGGGAAAGAACAAAGAAGCGAGACAGGAAAGCGAAAGAUGCAGAACAAAAAAACAGCGACUCGAAUGAAGGAAUGGAAGCGAAUGAGCAACUGAAAAAGGCGAAAUAG